GGUUGGCGGAGCUUGGCGGCCGGAGUCGCGGCGGCGGCGGCGGCCGAGUGGCGGGAUGGCGGGCGCCGUGAGCGAGGCGCGCUUCGCGGGGCUGUCGCUGAUGCAGCUGCACGAGCUUCUGGAGGACGAUGCGCAGCUCGGCGACAUGGUGCGGGGGAUGGAGGAGGCGCAGACUGUUCAGCUUAACAAAGAGAUGACACUGGCUAGCAACCGGAGCCUGGCAGAGGGAAACCUUUUGUACCAGCCCCAACUGGAUGCUCAGAAAGCUCGCCUGACCCAAAAAUACCAGGAACUCCAGGUUCUCUUUGAGGCCUAUCAGAUAAAGAAGACCAAACUAGAUAAACAGUCUAACAACGCUUCCUUGGAGACUCUGUUAGCACUUCUUCAAGCAGAAGGGGCCAAGAUUGAGGAAGACACUGAGAACAUGGCAGAGAAGUUUCUGGAUGGAGAACUUCCUCUAGAUGCCUUUAUUGAUGUCUACCAGAGCAAGCGGAAGCUGGCACACAUGCGGCGUGUCAAAGUGGAGAAGCUCCAGGAGCUGGUGCUGAAGGGACAGAGACUCCCACAGGCUGGGGCCCCACUACCACCCAGGGCACCUGAGCCAUCACCUGCCACCGCCCUUCCCUAUCCCUCUCUGGAGGCCACUGGGCUCCCUUCUGUGGUGCCUCGGCGCAUCCCCCCGCCUCCACCCCCGGUGCCUGCAGGACACAUACCCACCCCAUUCACUGCUGCCAUGGGCUCAGGACAGGCUUCUGCGUACCCAGGAUUACAGUGUCCGCCUCUGCCUCCCAGAGUGGGCCUCCCCUCUCAGCAAGGAUUCUCCGCACAGUUGGUGUCACCAUACCCACCAGCCCUGCCCCAGAGACCCCCUCCACGGAUGGCUCCACACCAGCCAGGCUUCAUCCUCCAGUGAGCUCGGGUGCGUGCUCUUCCAGCAAGACACGCUCUGCCUGCCGUGCCAAGCGAGUUCUGCAGACAGAGGCUCUGAGGCUCAGCAUGUGGGCCAAGGGCUUGGGUGCCCUGGGGCCCGUGUGUCCAUCUGAUUUUAGAACUGUAGGUCCGUGGUAAGUAAUAGAGAGCAGGUUUUGUGUACCAAGGGAGCUCUGUUUGUGCCAGGCCAGUCUGCAUCACCUCAGUCUGUGUUCUGGGUGUGAUUUCUGAGUGUCUAGUGUUGAUGGACUCGUGCAUUUGGAAAGAUAACCCCCCCCACUCCAAUUUAGAUUCGUGGCCCUCCUGUCGCAGCUUUAUUUAAUAAGCAUGAUUAAUGUGUUUUAUUCUCAAGUCUUGGCCCACCAGCUGCUGUGGCACUAGUAAAGGCUGGUCUACACUGGCCAGCCUGGAAUGUGUGCCCACAGCCAGGCCAUGCUGUUCAUUGAGUCUGUGUGGGGUGGGUCAUCACAGCAACCUCCGGCUCCCGCCAAGCUGGAUGCUCUCAUGGUUCAAAGCCAAAGGCACAGUUUGCACUUGGCUGUUGUGUGCAGAGUCCAGGAGAGCUGUGGUCCUGGGUGAGGCUGGGGUGAGGCCGGCGUGAGCUGGACUUUGCACAGCUCAGCCCUUGGCCUUCCCCGCACACCUCAAGCCGCAUGAUGGUUUCUGUGAAAAAAAAAACCUCAGUGUUUUUACUACACUUGUAAUUUUCCUGUUUUAUAUUUCAAAAGAAAACUUUUUUGACACUCUCAAGACCAUUCAGGGAAACUUUUUUAAAAAUGCAGAUACUGUUUUGAGCUGGUUAAAAAUGCAGAUUUAUUGAGUGCCGCUUCCUGUCAGGCAAGCAGUGCAUGGUCACAUCCGUCAGUGCCCAUGCUGUGCCUUAGCUUCACUUGGUGCCAGGACUCAGGUGCCUGCAGUGUGUCAGCCACAGCUGCCCUAUUGAGCCCAGUUAGGCAUGGCCUGGCCGGCCUCAUUACUUUGUGAUAGGUCAGAAAAGGUCCAUCCUCCUCCAACCAGGAUAAUCUUAGGCAGCUGGCAGUGCUGCAGGUGUUGGCCAAGGCAUGGAAGGGGUUUGGGGAACGCCCACCCCACAGGGUUGGCAGCAGCAGCGCCUUCCUCUGGGAUCUCAUCUGCAGGUGUCACGUAUGCAGAGUUCCCAGGCCCCACUGGGGAGGGGCAGCCUCCAACACCUGUUCCCAGAAGAGGGCUGCGUGCCUGUUGGUAGAACUCAGAACCCCACCUUCACCCUGCCAGCUGGCUGCAGCCCCAAGGUAACAGAGUCAAGGCAGUGCUGAUGAGAGAGCCUGUCCCCAAGGCGUCCUGUAUUCCUCUUCAUGGAUUUGGACUCUGUACCCUACUGGAACUAUUCUGUAAAGAGACAAAGCUGUAUGUGCCACCUUAAUACCUCUGCCACCAGGAACGCCCACUGCCCAGUCAUGGGCUGCAGCCACAUGGGAGCUCCAGGUGGAUGCAGCACAGGGGCCGCCAGGCCAACCUUGCCAGGCCAUAGCUGGCACUGGGGCUGUAAAGCUGUAGAACUCUUAAUAAAUUGAGAAUUAUUAAUUUCA